AUGAAAUCAACAUGUAUACAAAACACAGCAGCACGUCUUAGCAUAUGUCGCAUGUUGAUGAUGGCAUUCCUUGGGUCUGCAUUCUCAUUUCCAACGAGUCCUCCUUCCUCUCGGAUGGCAAUUCAUGCUAUCGGUAAUACGGAUACAACCACCACCACCACAGAACAAUAUGUUGUGCGUAUGACGAUGGUGGUCAUUCUUGUCUUGAUGGGUGGUUUUUUUGCUGGAUUGACAUUGGGGCUGAUGGGCCUUGAUGAAACUAACCUUCAAGUCAUGGUGCACUCUGGCUCAGCGUCUGAAAAGAAGAAUGCUACACGUGUGCUUGACCUGUUGAACAGAGGCAAAUACUGGGUGUUGGUGACGCUACUGCUAUCGAACGUUAUUGUCAAUGAAACACUUCCCAUUGUGCUUGAUUCCAUAUUAGGAGGUGGAUGGUUGGCAGUCUUGCUGUCUACUGCUUUAAUUGUCAUCUUUGGAGAAGUGAUUCCUCAAUCUAUCUGUGUUCGAUAUGGUCUAGCCAUUGGAGCCAAAUGUUCGCCCAUUGUUCUGGUCAUCAUGUACAUGAUGUGUCCAAUCGCAUAUCCAGCAUCCUACUUGUUACAAUACUUUUUGGGCGAAUCGCAUGGGACAAUCUACAAAAAAGCAGGUUUGAAAACAUUGGUAUCGCUUCACCAAUCGGAUGAUGAUAUAGAGGGAUUGACAGAGGAUGAGGUGCACAUCAUCAAAUCAGUACUUGAUCUCAGGGAAAAAACAGUUGCCAGUGCCAUGACACCCAUCCAAGAUGUAUUUACAUUAUCGUUUCAUUCCAUUCUGGACAAAAAUUUGGUGCAAAAGAUUCUCAGAAACGGCUAUUCAAGAAUACCCGUCAAAGAAUGUGAAGAUAGCUGCAAUUACAUUGGAAUGCUUCUUGUGAAAAGCUUGAUCAGUUAUGAUGUGGAUGAUAAACUUCCCGUGAGUCAUUUUCAGUUGAGCGCUUUACCAGAAACGUCUCCGGAAACAAGCUGUCUGGACAUUUUGAACUUUUUUCAAGAGGGCAAAAGUCAUAUGGCUAUCGUGUCAAGUUGUCCUGGUGGAUACGGGGGUGCUUUGGGUGUCAUUACAUUGGAAGAUGUGAUUGAAGGGCUAAUCGGAGAGGAAAUUGUGGAUGAAACGGAUGUAUUUGUGGAUGUUCACAAAAAGAUCAAGGUCGAUCGAGUGCCAAACAAACAUCUUCAAUCCAUUAUACCGUCUAUUCGAGUCAGCACACCUCCCAUUGAUACAUUGAAUUGCACACUCUCUUCCGAAUCCACAGGCAUCAAAAUAAGAAUGAAAGGAUAUGGCGCCAUUGUGGACAAUACAGGUGGUGGCAGCAGUAGUGUACUUUCCAGUUCUUAUACACAGCAACAGCAGCAACAGCAGCAACAACAACAGCAACAACAAAACAUGAUGCAAAACACAAAUGGCAGCAGUGAACUAAAAGUAUAA